GUCGCCCCCUAACUCUUACAGCGGUCGAUUUCGCAUCCGGUUCACACUCUCGGUUGCUCUCCGGGAAGCGGACGAGACGUCCUCCGUGGUGUCAUUGCGGAGGUUUGUUGAAUAGCGACUGAAUAAUGUCUGGUUACACUCCGGACGAGAAGCUCCGCGUCGAGCAGCUCGCCAAGCUCCGAAGGCAGUGGCUGAAAGACCAGGAACUCAGCCCCAGGGAGCCCGUCAUACAGGCUAAGCCGCCCGGGGCCGUCGCCAAGUUCUGGGAAGGUUUUCUGGAGCCCAAGAGCCUGUGGAGGCUAUAUACAUACAAAGCCUACAAGGGGACCAUUUUCACAUUAACACGCUUGCUGAUACCCGCUUGGGUUGCCCACUACUACGUGAAAUAUCAUGUUGCUAAAAGGCCAUACGGCAUCGUAGAAUUGAAGCCCAGGCUUUUCCCAGGUGACACUAUUCUAGAGACAGGCGAAGUUGUUCCCGAACUCCCUGACAGCCACAGUCAUCAUUGAACCAUCGAAUCAGGGGGGGGAAAAGCGUCUGUCUGUAAAAACUGUUAAUAAGCCAAUUAAAACAUUAUAAAU